CUCAUUAUGUUCGGACGUGCACAUGCGCACAUGUUAUGAUUACGUGAACCAUUGUUUGUAGCACAGGAUAACUUCCUGGUACAUAUAAGUAUCCUUACUCAUUAGUGAGUGACAGUAAGUAUAGUAUACACCUACACAGAGCUACUCCAUACACAUGGACACAGACACAGUCUGCAGAGAUUUGCGACAUGGUGUGUUGGAGUAUGUAUGCCAGAGUUGAGAGAGCGAUUGGGAAGGUGUUUGCAAGGUAUGGAGAAUUUGUUGGUACCUAUCCAUGGAUUUUCCUAACAGUUUCCGUACUUGUGUGUUGUUUACUGGGGAUUGGACUUAUCAACCUGAAAUCUGAAACAAACGUAGAGAAGGUCUACACACCAAUGGAUAGCCAGGCCUCUAAAGACAGAAGUACGAUCAGAAACCUGUUUAGCGAUUACUCUGGUACGAACUUUUACUCACAGAACCUAAUUGAAAGGAAUCUACACGGCAGUGUGAUUUUCAAAAGCAAAACCUCGUCAAAUCUGCUCAGCCUCACUAAUAUACAGGAAAUAAAGACAAUUCACGAUCAAAUCAAAGCGAACGUGUUUGGAAAUGGAAUGGACUAUUCGCAGUUGUGUGCUGUUCGAGCUUCCCAGUGUGUUGUGGACGGUGACCUCAUUUUCACAACUAACUUUCAACAGCUGCUUCAGAAUGACAAUAUUACCUAUCCAGUUCUUGGUACUGUUUCUAUUGAAUCUGUUUUUGGUGAUGUGACUCUUCAGAACGGAAUACUGCAGUCUGCCAAAUUGGUUAAGUUAGUUUUCAACUUACGACAGGACAACCAACAGUUCACGGAUAGUUCCAAAUUAUGGGAAAAAGACUUUGUGUCCUACAUGAAAACCCUCCAAUCACCGAUAUUGGAUGUCGUGUAUGCACAUUCGUCAUCUCUGGACGAGGAGCUAACAGCGAACAUCCGUGGCGACAUAGUAUUUGUGUCGCUGACCUUCACCUUGAUGAUCGUGUACGCGACUUUUGUCACCUUGACCUGUGAUUGCUUGCUUGACAGACAAAAUUUGGGCCGGGCUGGUGUCAUAGCAACCGGACUAGGCAUCGUAGCUUCAUUUGGGCUGGUCAGUGCUUGUGGGGUGGAGUUCGUCUCCAUUGUUGGGGUGAUGCCUUUUCUUAUAUUAGGUAUCGGGAUUGAUGAUAUGUUUAUACUGUUGGCCGGACUCGCAGAGGCCCCGUUACUUGAAACAACCCCAAAACGAGUUGCAGAAACCAUGCGCACUAGUGGAGUGUCAAUAACUAUCACAUCCCUGACUGACAUACUAGCAUUCGGUGUGGGUGCCUCCUCUGUUUUCCCUGGCGUGCGGAACUUUUGCAUAUUUACAGGGGUUGCUGUCCUGUUUUGUUAUAUCAACUUCGUGACCUUCUUCAUCGCCUGUAUUGCGAUCAACGAUAGAAGGAUAUCAGCUAACAGACACUGUUUAUGCUGCCACCCAAUCGAAAUGAAGAGUGACAUGGCAACCGCUUCCCCGUUACGUCGGUUUUGCUGUGGCGGCACUGCUCCUUCCUCCGAGAUAGAAAUGCAGAGUCUACUAGAACGUAUGCCUGGCAAGAUUCUCACUAAAUUCAUCAUCCUGAAGCCUGUGAAAGUCAUCGUACUCAUUUGUUUCGCAGUUUAUCUAGGCAUUGCAAUAUGGGGCGCCACUGAUUUUCAACAGGGUCUUGAUACGAAAAACCUAGUUGCUGACGAUUCAUACUAUUUCCACUAUAAUUCCCUUGAUCAGCAAUAUUUUACUCAAAGGGUUCCAGUUUCAUUUGUUUUCGACGAAACAUUGGAUUAUACCAAGGUUUCUACGGUACAGGCGAUUGAUGGGUUGGUGGCAAAUAUCCAAAAUGACAAAUCUGUUGGUAAUAAUAAUUUGAUUAUCAGUUGGUUUCACAGUUUUAGGUCAUCUGCAAAUUAUGAUACCUCAAGUGAAACGCAAUUUGUAACCAAUUUGAAAACAUUUCUCAUUUCAAAUUAUCAAUAUGAAAACGAUAUUCAGUUUGACAGUACUGACCUAAGAAUUCGAACCUCUCGCAUAUACAUACUCACUAACAAUCUGGUUGUUUCAUCUGAACAAGGAGAUUUUAUGUUACGAAUGAGAGGUCUUACCGAAGACUCCUCUUUAAGUGUUAUCGCCUACGCUCCUAGUUUUAUUUUCUAUGAGCAGUACGUUGAAAUACUCCCAUCAACCCUUCAAACUGUAGGUAUAGCUGUGGCGGUCAUAUUUGUAGUAACUGCACUUUUCAUGCCCAGCCCACUUCUGAUAAUCUUUGUCACUGUUUCCAUGGUAAUGAUCAUGACAGGCAUUUUUGGCUUCAUGCAUUUCUGGGACUUAACUCUAAGUUCAAUCACAAUGAUACAUAUCAUUAUGAGUGUGGGGUUCUCAGUGGAUUUCAGUGCCCAUAUCUGCCACGCCUUUAUGACAGUGGAAGGGGGCACACGUGAUGAUAAAGUCAUAUACGCCAUCUUACGUUCUGGUGGGCCAAUAUGGAACGGAGCUAUCUCUUCAUGCAUAGGGAUCAUAAUGCUGGUCUUCUCCAAAUCAUACAUAUUCCGGUCUUUUUUCAAGGUCAUGUUACUUGUGAUCUUAUUUGGAAUCGGACAUGCGCUGUUUUUUCUUCCUGUUCUGCUAUCUCUUAUAGGGCCCAUAGAGAAUACGAAACCUAGUGGUUCUUCUGUUGCAAAUCAAGCAAAUGGACCAGCUGCUGUUUAAUCUGGACAUAAAAACAUCGCUUACUGCACAGAGCGGGAAAAAGACAUUAAAGACCCAAACGCACAAGGUUCGAGUCUUUGAAAAGAACAAUGGUGAAUUAUAUCGUUCAUCUAACUUAUUUAAGCUGUGAUAAAACAUUAUUAAUUCUAGCAAAUCAAAUCGCCUUUUAUUGCCUCAGUGGUAUGCACAAAUUUUAUUUUGAAUUUCAAUUUUUUUGAGACUGGAAGAACUGUCAAUUCGGUUCUUACCCGUUUAUUUUGAACACCUAGUCCUAUGAUCCUAUGAUCUCAGAUAAGUAAAAUUAACAAAAACCACCAAGUUCCACCAAUGAAAAUAAACAUGAAUAUCCUAUAUAACAUACAGGAAAAAAGAAAAAUGGCGAUGUUUUGUUCUAGUUGGUGUCAACAGAGAAAUAUUUUCAAGAUCUUAUUAGAGGUUUUCAGUAUGUGUACCUUGGACGAUCAGGAGGGCAGAAUAAAAGUGAUAACUGCUAGUUUUGUUCUCACAUUUUUUUUGUUCCUGUAUGCGUUAAAACUGUGCGUUAAAACUGUGAUAUAUUUGUUCUGUAA